AGUCGCUCCUUUGCCCUUUUCCAGGAUGGCCGCUCUCCACGCGUUGCCAGUAUUUACACGUUGUUCCUGCACCUGAGAGGCCCGGAGGAAGUUGCAGGGAGGCGGCUGAAAGAGAGGAGUCCCCGCUCUUCUCCGCCUCCUGCCCCCAAAGUGAGCAACACAGCCGCGGCAAGACGGAGAAAAAGCCCCAGGGGGCGGGGAAGCUGUGAAUUCCAUUACAAGAUUCGUUAUAAGUUACCAGAACAACCCAUCUCCACAAAUAGAGAAAUGGGUGGAAUCAUUUCCAGAUGGCGGCAGGCAAAGCCUUCUACAGUAGAAGUGUUAGAAAAAAUUGAUAAGGAUAUCCAAGCACUAGAGGAGUUUAGAGAGAAAAAUCAAAGGCAGCAGAAGCUCUGGGUUGGAAGGUUUCUUCUAUAUUCAUCACUUCUUUAUCUUGUUUCCUGUCUUAUUAUUUAUUUGUGGUAUCUUCCUGAUGAGUGGACAGCAAGGUUCAUCAUGACACUUCCACUAUUUGCAUUUCCAUUGAUAGUUUGGUCUAUAAGAACACUCCUCAUCUUUGUCUUCUCUAAAAGAACAGAAAGAAACAAUGAAGCAUUAGAAGACCUAAAAUUGCAGAAGAAAAAAAUACUUGAAGAAGUAAUGGAAAAAGAAACUUACAAGGCUGCUAAACUAAUCCUUGAAAGGUUUGAUCCUGAAGCCAAGAAGGCAAAGGACGUUGAACCGCCAUCUGCUGGAGCAUCUGCAGUUCCAGGGCCCGGCCAAGAACUUCGUCAUCGGACCCCGGUGAGAGGGAAUGUGUCUGCACCUAUCCCAGUUACACCCAAGCAGGGAUCUCCAAAAAUGUCAAGUCCAGUGCCACCAUCUCCUGGCCCACAGAGAGAGAUUUCGGCGCCUGGUGGACCUCCAGAGAGAACUGCUACAUCAGCCUCACAGCCAAACAUUUUGCCAAGACAUCCUGGAUCCCGUGCUACUUCAAUGCCUGGAAUGGGUCUUCAUCCUCCAGGACCUCCGUUGGCAAGACCUAUUCUUCCUCGAGAGAGGGGAGCAUUAGAUAGAAUUGUGGAAUAUUUAGUUGGAGAUGGUCCACAGAACAGAUACGCUCUUAUAUGCCAACAGUGUUUCUCACAUAAUGGGAUGGCUUUGAAGGAGGAGUUUGAAUAUAUUGCAUUUAGAUGUGCCUAUUGCUUUUUCCUGAAUCCUGCAAGAAAAACCAAACCACAAGCUCCAAGGCUUCCAGAUUUCAGUGCUGAAAAGAAGCAGCCUGAAGAGAUACAGAAUGGAACUGAAACUGAAACGUUGAAGCCAGAGGAGGAGAAGUUACAAGAUAAUCAAAUGGUUGAAGAACUCUUAGAAGAAGCUACCCCCCCUACUGAGGAAAAUGACAGUGCUUUGCCUGCUGAAGAACACAGUGCUAAGGUUGUGGCAGCUGCUGAGGUAGAGCAGCCAACGAGUGAAAACAGUGCAGUGGCCAACCCUGAGCCUGCUAUUCCUGCUGACCAAAAAGAAGAACCUCUAGCUGAUGACUAAGUGCCUAAUUGUUAUUAGCUAUAUUAUUUCAGUUGUUACUUUUUCUGAGGUGGGUUGCUUUCGAAAGCUAAUUAUGUCUUCACUGUCAUGAGUUCAGACUGCCAUUUCCACUGUGUUACAGGUACUUGUACAACAAGAUAUUGUGCUGCAAAAGUAUAUUGGUUUGUUUGAUGAGCUAUAUAGCACUUCAGAAUAUGCAAGUUAGCUGAAGUCUAACCCAAGCACAGGUAUCCUUACUUUUUGUUUUAUUUUUUAAAAAAUGUAAACAUGAGUAACAGAGUAUUUUCCAUAUGAAUGGUAUAAAAUAUAGUAUUAUUUGCUCGUUGAACAAAGGCUGCUGUAAGUGACUCAAAAGACAUGUAAUUAAUUUUUGGUUUAAGAAACUUAGGAGGGCUUUUCCAGUAAUUAGUUAUUGAAAUGAAUUGAAUGAACUUUAACUAACUAGAAGUUUACAAGAGAAAAAUGCUUAGGAACUUACUGUAAGCAGUACAAAAGUGUCACUAGAAGUAAGAUUUAAUCACUCCUAAUACCCCUUUUUCCUUGAGAGGGAAUGCAGUUAAAGGGGACAGUCCAACGUCUAACAUCUUCUUUUGGGUCUGUGUGCAAAGAUGAUGAGCUAAAGGCAUGUGAAAUAGAAAGCUAGUUUGUGUUUACAUGAAGCGUAGGAAUAUUUUCACUUGAUUGUACUUGAAUACUGAGCAUUAUUUAUACCUGUACAAUAAUGACUUCAUAAGUGAAUUUUGUGUAUUUUGUUAAAGGAAAAUAAAGACUAUGUAGCAUUA